AUGAAGCACUUUGCCGAGACGAGAAUAAAGAGAGCUGAGCCGAGAAGUGAUUAUGACCGCUCUCUUGGACAGUCCUCUAGAGCGAGCAAAGCGAAAAAAGUCGCCCAGCUUGGACAACAGGGAAAUCAGUCCAUACCCCACUUCGUCGUGCAGUCCUAUGAUGAUCCAGAGACGGCAUCGAUGAUCGAACGGGAGGCUAGACGUCAGGGAGCAGAUGUUCAGUACGAAGAUUACUAUCCAACGGCUGAAGUCGUAAACAAGUAUAGAUACGGACAUGAUCUCGUCAAACCUGGCGAGCUCGCGCGUCUAGGGACUCAGAUGCGAAGGUUGCAUGAAUGGUACCUGAAAGCCUGUCGAAGAGGUGAUCGCUACCUCACGGUGUAUCUUAGAGAUGAGCAUUACUUCCGGGGGCGGGAGGAGAUAAACCUUGAGUUAGAAGAACUGUUUCAGUUAUUCAAUCAAGACGCCCUCGACAAAGCUGUCAUCAGUUGCUACUGCCUAAUGAAGAAGCUCGAAUGCAAAAGAGGUAAGCUCCAUGACAUCGGGUUCAUUGACCCAAACACAGUUCAUGAAGUCACGGUUCGACAGUACCCCAAGGACACAGAGGACAACAUGCUACUGUUUUUACAGAAGCAAGCAAACAAAGAGGAUAUAUACUUUCCCUACAACUUCAACUUCCACUUUAUUCUCCUAAUCAUUGAUCUUAAGAAAGGAGUCGUAAAUGUCAUGGACUCGAAACGUAAAGAACAUGCGGAAUGGGCGGACAUGGCUGCCAUCCUCCAGAGGGCUUGGAAACAGUUCAUCAAUACUGUUCCGGGUAAAUGGAAACCGGAGCUUACAUUUAAAGAUUACCCUUGUAUGAGGCAGGAAUCCGGGAAUAACUUAUGUGGAUACUACGUCUGCGACUUCAUUCGUGAGAUGGCAAGUCACAGGGAUGCGGAGGACGCUAUACACCACACUCGUAUGAUACGCCUGCGGGACUCUCUCAUAACGGAGGAUCGCAUACGAGCAAUUCAAGAGGAACUCGCGGGAUUCUUUCUUAACGAGGCCCUUGCCCCAAAUGGAGAGUACUAUCGGCAGUUCGUAGAUCUUGAACGACGUAGUGGUCACGCAUUAUUGUGGGAAUAGAUUUAGUAAAGAGGUCCGACUUUAUAUUAUAAAUAUGCAUACAUUACAUGUACCGUUGACGAUGUCUAUAUAUAUUCAUGACGAUUUUUUGUGGUUUCUUGAAUGAUAUAUAUGCAUUGCUGAAACUCUGCCGCGGCAGAGAAACGCCCUGUUUCUCUGCCGCGGCAGAGAAACGCUGCUCCACCCUAAACCUGUGCCGCGGCAGAGAAAUAGCAAUUCUCUGCCGCGGCAGAGAAACCUAGGCCCGGUUCGUACCACGAACCGGGACCAAAGGCCUUCCACCGCGAGCGCCCUGGCCGCACCACGUGGCGCGGCCUUUAGGCCCGGUGCAACUUUGAACCGGGACUAAAGGGGGGACCCUUUAGUCCCGCCUAAUUGGUCCCGGUUUGGAAACCGGGACUAAAGGCCCAAAUGGACCGGGCCUAUAGCCCCGUUUUCCA